UGACUUUGGAGGGAGACCAGGACCAAGCUGGCCCGCGGGAAGCCGCUCUCUGAGCUCCUGAGGGUGUCGCUGGUUGGACCCGGACGGACCCGAACGGACCCGAACGGACCAGUGACGGGGACGCGCAUGGAGCCGACGCCGCUCGGCUUUGGAUUUGCUGGGAAGAAGGGGGCGCGUUUCUGAAAACAUACUUUUAUUUUCGGUCUUUGUUCGACCUCACAGUGAAAUCCUCAGAAUCGGUCAGUCUGAAUGAUCGAGCGGGUCAUGGAUGAGGGGAAAAUGGAGAGCUUCAACCGGGUCGCCUUUCGGAGGAAGCAGCGCAGUCUGGACAUGGGGCAUCGACGGGCCACAGAAAGGAAAGGCAAAACUCCAUGCUACCAGACCAGAAGCGCUGAUGAUGAGACCUGCAUAGCGGUGAAAAUCGACCAGUCCAGAGCUCUAGGCUGCAGCUCGCCGAGGAAAGCCAGCGGCGGCUCGCCCAUCCUGCAGGAGUGUCUGAAUCGGGCGAUUAGGGGGGCAGCUGACAGGACGAGGGGAGGGGUCAAUGGAAGAGUACCUGGAAGCAGGACUCUGCUACAAACUAAACCAAAAGUGCCACCAAAGCCGGAGCACCUGCUGAGUCCAGUGUCUCCUCUGCAGCCGCCGGGCAGCGUCCAGAAAUCCCCGCUGAGAUUCAUCAUGGAGGACGGAGGAGGGAAGCCGACCACCACGCCGCGCGACAGGGUCAAACCGUCCAAGGUGUCGGACCUGAUCAGCCGCUUUGAGGAGAACCGCAGCGCAGACAACAAGAGAGACGGCUCGGCGCUCAAACAGACCAGCAAGGUGUCCAGCUGCAGCUCGGCUCUCCGUGUCUGCCAGCGGGCCGACAUCAGCAAGAUUCAGGAGAAGUUCUCGUCCGCGGCGGCCGCGACGCAGGAUGCCAAGAGGCCAGCGGCUAACGGGGUGCUAGCACAGAUGGAGCAGGACAAGGAGACGGAGGAGGAGACGCACCACAGCGUGAGGACAGAGACUGCUGAGCUCGUAAACGGAGAUUUGGAAAGAGCAGAUGACGUGGACGAUCAUUCAGCUUCACAGCACUCGGACAGGACCGGCGCUGAGAAUGAGGACAGGGAGAAAACAGCCGAGAUUCUGCAGAAGAGUGAAGAGGGACACUCUGAGCAAAAGGAGACGAACGAGCAGAAGCUGUUUAAGAUCGCCAGUGAGCUGCUGCACACGGAGAAGGCGUACGUGGCCCGACUCAACCUGCUGGACCAGGUGUUCUGCACCAAGAUGAUGGAGGAGGCGAAUAAAGGCACUUUCCCUCUGGAUGUGGUGAAGAACAUCUUCUCCAACAUCACCUCCAUCCACGCCUUCCACAGCCAGUUUCUGCUUCCUGAUCUGGAGAAACGCAUGGGGGAAUGGGCGUCCACACCGCGGAUCGGCGACAUCCUGCAGAAACUCACCCCCUUCCUCAAAAUGUACGCCGAGUACGUGAAGAACUUUGACAAGGCCAUGGAGUUGCUGAAGCAGUGGACCGACCGCUCGCCGCCGUUCAAGGCCAUCAUUCAGGAGAUUCAGAGUCAGGAGAUCUGCGGCAGCCUGACGCUGCAGCAUCACAUGUUGGAGCCGGUGCAGAGAGUUCCCCGAUACGAGAUGCUGCUGAAGGAUUACCUGAAGAAGCUUCCUCAGAACGACCCGGACCGCGGCGACGCAGAAAAAUCAUUAGAAAUCAUCGCCACAGCAGCCACCCACUCCAACAGCGCCAUUAGGAAAUCUGAAAACCUGAAGAAGCUGAUGGAGAUUUACGAGAUGCUGGGUGAAGAGGAGGACAUCGUUCAUCCAUCCAACGAAUUCAUCAAGGAGGGCCACAUCAUGAAGCUGGCAGCCAGAAACACCUCCACCAUGGACAGAUACCUGUUCCUGUUCAACAACAUGCUGUUGUACUGCGUGCCUAAAUUCAGCCUGGGCGGACCCAAAUACACGGUGCGGACCCGGAUCGGGAUCGACGGCAUGAAGGUUCUGGAAACCAGCAACGAGGAUCAUCCUCACACCUUCCAGGUGUCGGGCAAAGAACGGACGCUGGAGCUCCAGGCCAGCUCAGAGCAAGACAAGGCAGGAUGGAUCAAGGCUUUCCGGGAGACCAUAGAUAUCUUCCAGCAGAAGAACGAGUCGUUCAAGCACGCUCUGAAGGACGUGGAGGAAGUUUCGAAAGCUGAGCUGGGGAAGCGGGCUCCUCGCUGGAUUCGUGACAAUGAAGUGACCAUGUGCAUGAAGUGCAGGGAGCCUUUCAACGCCAUCACCCGGCGGCGGCAUCACUGCAGAGCCUGCGGAUACGUGGUUUGCUGGAAAUGCUCAGACAACAAGGCACACCUUGAAUACGACAACUACAAGGUGAACAAAGUCUGCAAAGACUGCUACUCCAUCCUGACAGGAGAAAGGGAAGUGGUCACCGAGGGUCGAAGGAAGGGCAUCCUGGAGAUCGAGGCGGCUCAGUUCACAGAAAGCAGCAUCAUGUCCGGCUUCCUGCAGCACUCUGAGAAAGGAGGCAAGCUGUGGCAGCGGGUCUGGUGUGUGAUCCCAGAGAAAGAGUGUCUGGUGCUCUACCUGUACGGAGCUCCACAGGAUGUGAAGGCACUGUGCACCAUCCCGCUGCUGGGCUACACGGUGGAGGACGCCGACACGCCGGCCAGCUUCCGCCUGUCCCAGUCCAAGUCUGUCCAAACCUUUGCUGCUGAGAGCGAGGAGCUGAAGCAGCGCUGGCUGAAGGUCAUCCGAGUGGCGGUGACCGGAGAGAUGCCGGCGCGGCCCGAAACCAACGGCGGCGAGAGCAGCGGCGAGCAGGAAGCUAAUCCUGACGACACCUAGGAGGGUCGCCCGCUCACUCGGCCUGCUGCAGGACUUUCCUCCGCGUCCAGCCUGCUGCCAGACUGUCCUGGACCCAAAGAUGUUCUCUGUCCGGUCCUCCAGAACGCAGUGGGGCGACGGGAUGCCGUCUCCAGGGUUUUCUCCUGCUAUCUGUGCUGGAUUACUGACGUUUCUGGUACAAUCAACACUAGAGCAGGGGGGCUUCGAGACGCACGUCCUGCCCUCAGACGAGCACUAGACAGAAAAACUCAAACUCAGUCUUUCAGGAGGCGUCCAGGAUGAGACUCAAACUACGUCUGCUGGUGCCGUAAAUCUCUUUCUUGUACAGAACGCUUUUUUAUAUAAAAAAAAAAUAACUUUUUUCAUUUAUGUACAAAAUUCAGUCUCAAGCUUUUCUGUUAUGAAAAGGAGGAACUUCUAAACAUCAUCGAAAAUAUUCACAGUAUUCCCUCUGAUUGGAGCGCUGAAGGAGAACUUCUUUAAAACGAAGAACAUGAAGCUGGAUUCUCUCCUCUCUUCACUCAAUCUGCUAAAACAAGAGACAAACAAAAAUUAUGUGAUGGGAUUAAAAAAUAUAUUUAUUACAUAUUAUUUGGAGCAUGGUAAGCCUGUGCUUUAAAUAAUUAAACCUUCAUUAGCAAAAUAAAUGGGAUUUUUUUUGUUGUUAAAAUCUUGUCUCAUUUUCCCAUUAAGCAUGUAAUCACAUUGUAUUUGUUUAAAAAUUCAAGUGAAAAAAUGUUAAGAAAAACAUUUCUGCUGUAAUCAAAAGCUUCUUUACUGUAAAAUAUCCCAAUUUUUAUAUCACUACUUAAGUUUAAUGAGGUGUAUCUAAAGAUAAGAAAGUUUAACAUCAACAGGUUGACACUAGACAGGCUCUCCAACGUCUUUCAGCCAAGAUUCUCAAUUCAAAAAUAAUCUUAAAUUAUGGAAUAAAUAGACAUAAGCUAACAUGUAUGUGUAGCUCAACAUGUUUGAGCUUUACAUACAUGUUAAUCUAUCUGAGCUAUGCAGAUUCACAAUCUGAUGGCUGAACAGACCCUUAAUCCGUUCAGCCAUCAGAUUGGGUUUCUUGGGUUUUCUUUGUAUCUGUGCUGCUGCUACGUGUUUAGCAUUGAGGUGCUAUUUUAGGCUAGCAUAGCUUUGCUGACAGGCUAACUGCUUUUAGUACAACUUGAAGACAACAAUAGUAUUUUCCAGCGUCCAAUCAGAUCAGUUUAGAAGUUGAAAUUAACCGAGAGCAGCGGCUUUGUUCUCCAGCGCUGUUGUUUUGCGGACGUUGCUUGUGCGUCAGAUUUACGGGCGUACCAGAAACAUAUUCCGCUCGGAACAUUUGUAAAAACUUUAGUGAAAAAUGUUAAAGCAAAAAUCUAUGUACUCAAAUAACUGAAAUUAACGCGUUGAAGUCCCUGCUGCAUAUUAAACAUGUUUGAAUACAAAAGUGAGAGCAUAAUGAUGCCACUGCCGUAAACAAACAGCAUAAAAUGCAUAACUUUUCAACAUUUUUUGCUCACUUAUUGGAUUGGAUUCAUGUUAAUGUUUAUUUAAAGACUUAUUAACAUUGAAACUAAUACCGUAAAAUAUCAACUCUAAGGACCCCGACAUCGAAAACCUCUGCAGAUCACGUCAUUUUACCUGUUUGUCUCUCCGAUUCAGAUUUAGCUGCUCGAGCAUUAACUUUCAAGUUUGACCGGAUAUGACGCAACGUCUGCGGAAAUUAAUAUCUCCACGUUACUAAUGGCAGGAAUUGACAGAAAGUCCUUUAGAGAAAUCAUCAUAACUAUUGAACGUAUUUGAUUUAAAUUUAUGUUGCCGUUUGUAUCAAAAUAUCAAUUUAGUAUUUUAACCAAGGCUAGAGGGAGAGAAAUGGUUUUGUCUUAACGUUUCGGUGUGAUGAUGAAGCAGCACAAUCAGACACAACCAGCCGAUGAAACAAGUGUAAAUGUUUUUACUGCUGUAAUUAUUUUUUAUUUAAAGUAAUUUAUAGACUAUGAUGGACUGUUGAAUGCAGCACAAACUUGUUCCUUCAGUCAGCUGAGGAAUGCAACCCACCGGUCAAAUGGCCGCCAACAUUGACUUUGAGGGGAAAUGUGCCAAUUUUUUAUUUUUGCUCAUCCCUGAAUCGUUCCCCUCCGCACUAUUCAAAUAAAGCAAAAACAAUAGAGCACAAACCCUGUGAUGAAUCUGAAUGUAAAUCUAUACUUCUGUCUUCAUCGCCUUCCCAAACGUUUGAGAAUCUACGCACUUUACACCCUGAAAGAAAACUAAAGUGUACCUGCAAAGAAAAUAAAAGACAUCCAGUGGUCUGUG